UUUCAAAUUGAUGGACAUCGAGCUUAUUUCCCUCUCAUUGCAUUUUCAUUUCCCUGUUCACGAAAAUUCUCUGAUAAGCUCAUCUGAUGAUGGGAGUCCUAAGCAACCAACACUCACUCUCUGCUAUUCAAUUACAAAACCUUUCUAGGUCUUCGUGAUCAUUUCCCUUGUUUUUUAUUUGAUUUAUACAAACUCUAGAACCCUAGAGACUCACAAACGACUUUGAUUUGCAAUCGAAUUGGGAAAUGGGGGAUUUUUCUGGAAAGAUCGAUGUGGAGAAGGUAAUAUCGUAUGGCAACGAUCUUGUGGCUCUUUUGAAGGAGAAAAGGGACAUUAACAUUUUGACUCAGUGGCUUGACAAGUCUAAGUCUCUUCGCUCCUCUUGCGAUGUCGAAUUCAACGAGGCUCGGACUCUUCUUGAAGAUUAUCAGAGAAAGAUAGAUGAAUGUAAGCAGAAAACAGAGAAGGCAAAACUUGAAGUUCCUGCUGAGUCCGAAUUGGACUGUCUUCAGAAGGAAUUGGAAGCAGAGCAGGAAAAAGAACGUUUGUUGAUGGAGGAGCUCAGAGUCAUCAACAAUGACAUCAAUGAUCUUGAACUUCUAAGGAUUUCUGUUGAAGAACAAAAGCAAGCUCAAAAGAAACUUGAGCAAGAAGAGCUGAGGGCACAGAGGAAGCUUUCAAUGUAUGCUUCUGUCACUAAUAUCAUUCCAGGCUUGGAUGAUCACUACAAAAUCUUAGGCCGUAUACUUGUUUUGCAACCUUUUGCAUGCUUCUUUUUUCAGGUUAACUAUUUUCUUUCUAUUGUUGACGUGCCACGGGAGUUUUAUGUGAUCGCAAGAUUCCCAAUAAAUUGAAAGGAAAAUUUUACCGUACAGUUAUACGACCGGCUAUGUUAUAUGGUAAUGAGUGUUGGGCACUGAAAGAGCCGUAUGCAUCUAAGAUAAGAGUUACAGAAUGUUAAGGUGGAUGAGUGGCCAUAUUAGACUAGAUACAGUCCAUAAUGAGAGUAUUAGAGAAAAGGUAGGAGUGGUGCAAGAUAAAUUGAGAGAAGGGAGAUUGAGGUGGUUUGGUCAUGUGAAGCGUAGACAUACGGAGGCUCCAGUUAGACAAGUAGAGCACAUUAGGUUAGAGGAUAGAAAGAAAAAAAGGGGUAGACCUAAAUUGACUUGGAGUAGAGUAGUACAACAUGACUUAGAAACAUUAUACAUUUCUGAGGAUUUAACCCAAAAUCGUUCAGAGUGGAAAAAGCGAAUUUAUAUAGCCGAUCCUAAAUUUUUUGGAUAAAGGCUUAGUUGAGUUGAGUUGAUAGCGAUAAAAAGAUGGUCAAGAAAUUUGAAUUUGACCCAACAAACAUGGCUGCCUUUGAUACUUACCAGAGCAUUUGGAAGAUGAUAAAUAUGUGAUAAAUGUUGUACAUUGUUACAUUCAACAGUCAUACAUUAGUUUUUAAUGAUUCUGUGAAUCUUUUGUUUGUAUGUUUCUCUUUAUAACAAAUUUAUAUUACUAUUAUUCACAUGGAAA